UCGUCGUCGUACGUCACCGACAACAUGUCUUUCACCGGCACGCAGGACAAGUGCUUUGCGUGCGAAAAGACGGUCCAUUUCAUCGACCUCCUCACGGCGGACGGCGUCAUCUACCACAAGACCUGCUUCAAAUGCAGCCACUGCAAAGGGAUCCUCUCGAUGUGCAGCUAUUCUUCCAUGGACGGCGUCCUCUACUGCAAGACGCACUUCGAGCAGCUCUUCAAGGAGACAGGGAGCUUCUCAAAGAAGUUCACACCGGGUAACAAAUCUGGCGACAAGAAUGAACUGUCAAGGGCCCCAAGCAAGCUAUCCGCUGCCUUCUCCGGUACUCAGGAUAAGUGUGCAGCCUGCACGAAAACAGUGUAUCCACUCGAAAAGAUGACUCUGGAGGGCGACGCAUACCACAAGAGCUGCUUCAAGUGCUCCCACGGGGGCUGCAUCCUAACCACCUCCUCCUACGCCGCCCUCAACGGUGUCUUGUACUGCAAGAUCCAUUUCCAGCAACUGUUCAUGGAGAAAGGAAGCUACAGCCACAUGAAGAAGAAGAGCCCCUCGCAGGAGGUGUUGCCCGAUUUGGUGGCGGCGGCGGCCGAAGAGCAACCGGCGGCAGAGGCGGCACCGCCGCAAGAUGAAGAAUAGAGAGGAAAAUUAGGAAAACACGAAAUUUAUAUACGCAGCGCAGCCUGGAAUUCAUGCUUGUUAUUUUUACAAAUUGGUUCUUUAUGCCCCAACCCCGUCCCCCUUAUGUUUUCGGUUCCUCUGAGCUUGGUUUGUCAAGCUGUAAGUAAAUGUACUAAUACCUUCCUUUCAUAUGAGACUCGUGACAACUGUGGCAAUCAACUAGUAAGCCUCAUGGGGAAAAUUGUAUUAUUUUUCUAAGCAAAAAUAGCUACUCACGAUUUUUGUAAAUAAUGCCUGGUCCCUGAUGGUUGUCUUGGUUAGUCGGAACUGAGAAGGACAACCAUGGUUAGCCAAUAUAGCGUAUG